UAUGGCUGAAUAUGAAGAUUCACUUCAUAUUGGUGAUUACGUUUGUUUAUUUUCGUCUGAAAACUCUGGAUUUGUCUUCUCUGAACUUUCUGGAUCUCAAUACAAUGGCUUACUUGUGUUUAAUAAUCAAGAUGUUUUAUGCCCAAAGGAUAUCCCUGAUUCGCAAAUGAUUACAUUUGAAAUUUGCCCUCAAAAUCGAUACAAGUUGAAUAAAAAGUAUAGACUUUUAAAGGAAAGCUAUGGUAAAGCUCUGAUGACCGGUGAAGAAUCUGAAGCCCUUAAAGAUGCAAAGCGAUCGGCUGAAACUGAAAAUGAAGAUAAUGUAGCCGAAGAAAGGAGACUGAGGGGAAAACUUAUACGCUACGGGGAAUGUAUUCAAUUACGACACUUGUUUACGAAUAAAUUCAUUCAAGUUGACACGUCAACAACCAGCCUAAGAGAUAAGAAUAAACUAAAAGUAAAAAUGGAGAUUCACAAUGGUAAAACUGCUCAAUUUCGUAUCAUGCCCCGUUAUAGAAUAAAAGCGGAAGGGGAUAUUGUUCGAAGUGGGGAUGAGGUGGUAUUCGAAAGCGAAAAAUUGAAUGGGCAAUACCUUCAUGUAAGCGAUAGAUGUGAUAUUUAUUCCUUUGUCGAUUGUACUUGGUCGGAAUUAAAUCUUGCGCUAGAAAGUUCUGAUUUUGCAAUUAUUCGAAAGACUUUUAGAAACUCAGAAACGGAUGGAGCUUUAAUAGGAGGAUCUAUUAUUCAAUUUCGUCACAAGUAUCUACAGGCAAAUUUAAUUGCCGAAGGUAUUUUUGGGGAACCUCAAUUCGAAGAUGUUCACCUCAGAGUUCGAGAAUGUGAUAUGUUUGAUUCUAAGAGCCUCUAUCAAUCAACUCGUUGCUUCUCUUAUUGGCAAAUUGAACAAGCUACUAGCGUUUUGCACGGUGAUUUACUGGUUUGGGGACAACCUAUUCGAAUUCGACAUAUGAGUUCAAGGCUUUAUCUCUGUAUAUCAAACAACGUUGUAGUAUUAACUGACAAUGGCACAGAUCCUUCUACGGUUUUCAGUUUACAUCCAGUCGUAAAACAAUCAGGAAUAGUGCAAGAUUGGUCUGAUGCUCGUAUUCAGCACAUGGCUACAAAUUUAUGGAUAUGCUCAGAAGGCUUAAUUGUAUAUAAAAGGAAGAAAAAUUCUUGGGAUAAGGGGAAUUUGAAACAAAUAUCUGCCAAAUCAAAAAUAAAAUAUUCCGAUGCCUUUACUAUGAUUUUAGUAGAUCCAGCUAACGUUGCCGAUUAUAAUUAUAUUAUUGGUCUUAUUCCUUGUCUUAGAAAUAUUAUCGUUCAAAGGCAGCAAAAUGUUCAAUUGAAUUAUACAGAAUUUCAGAAGAUACUAUUAACUUUGGAAGAAUUGAAUGCAUUUGUUGAGAAAUGCUCAACGCCUUAUCAUCGAAAAGCACAAAAACUAUUGAGGGAAUCGACUGACUAUUUAUACUCAGAUGUAGCAAAAGUUGUGAUAGAAAUGAUAAAAGAUAAAAAAUCAGUUAUCGAAAAAAUUACAAAUAAGCAAAUAAUAAGCUUUAUUAAAUUGUUGAAAUCUACAAAGGAUCCAUUAUAUCUACAGCUAUUACAUGUAUUAUGUGUUUGUAAAGGUGCCGCUAUUACCCAAAAACAAACGCUAAUUUGUCAAAAAAUAUUAAAAGUUAAAAAUGUGUUUUUUGAAUAUUUUGUUUCGGAUGGUAAAAUUCUUAUCAAAAGGAAAAGAUCAACUGAAUUGUUAUCAAAUUUUAGUCUACGUUUGGACGACUAUAACUACAUUUGUAACCAAUUAAAAUUGUUUGAAGCAUUUUGCAUGAACAGAAACCAUACUUGCAUUGAUCUACUAAUAGAAAAGGGUUUCAUUAAUUGGGAUGUUUAUUUUCUUAUUAUUAAAGAUGAGUCGAUAGAUCCUUUAAUACGUUCACUAUUUUGCUCACUUGUUACAAACGCUUAUAUUGAAGUGGGUAGUAAUACGUCUCUUAUCGAUUGCAUAAGUAACGUUUUUUCCAACGAAUCUUUGAAAGAAGAUCUACCAAAUGCAGAUGAAAUAGCACUUCAAAGCUCUAAAUAUUUAGACAAGACUAAAUUGGCGACUUUAGGCCACUUGAAAGAGUUUAUACAGGAGUACUCAAAAAACUUCAAGCUAGUUGCUAAAACUCACGUUCGAGAAAACUAUUUUGCUGUAAAACUAUUUCAGUUGAGUCAUUGUCUCAUGAAAUACGGUUACUACACUAACGCAGAAAUAAAACAACUAUUAACUUCUGAGGGUAGAAUAAUAGGUGUUGAAGAGGAUCAAUCGACAUUUCAAACGGUUUUUAAUAUAAAGAAGAUGAAAAAACAAGUUUCUUUCAGACCAAAACUUGAAAAAAACCUAGAAGUUAUCACGGAUAUUUACUGUCAAAUUAUGGAUACCAUAGCAAUGAUAAUGGAGUUGGAGGAAAAGAAAACCUUAAAGAAAUUUGUCCAUUUCUUCAAACAAAUCGAGAGUGGAGAAGUCCAAUCAAGUUUAAGUGCUUUACUUGGUGAAGAUUUUGAGAAGAUCAUUAAAGAAGAUGAUAGCAAAAGAAUAAGAUAUACAAAGUUGUUAAUGAAAGAAAUUGGGAAAAUGUUUGACUACACGUCGAUUCCAUUCUAUGCUAAAUUACCGAAAGAGAUGGUAAAUAUUUCCAAGAUUGGAGAACCGGAAAUGAUCAAUAAGGCUUUUCUUACCAUAAGAAAUUAUUACGAAUUUCCGCUUCAUUUAUUCAGGGAUGGUAUCGAAAGUCAGAUUUUAAUAACAAAAGAAACCAAAGAGAUUAAUAAUGAAUUGCAGGAGCAUGUUCCCAUCUUACGUAGAUUAGUACGCUUACAAGUUUACGUUGAACAUAUUGAUGAUAUUUGCUCGGUAUUGAGAAAAUUCGCAAAAGAUUAUUUAGAGCCUUGUGACACAACCAUUUCCAAUCCAGUAGCGCAAGGCAUGCUAAUCAAUCACGGAGUUGUUUCGCUACUUAUGGAAUUGCUUCGUAAAAUUCAAAGGAGUGAGACUAUGUUUGGCCCAAAGUUAGUCACAGUCAUUACUUGUAUUAUGGAAUUAUUAAUCAAAUUAACUAUUGAAAAUGAACGAUGUCAGGAAUUAUUAUUUAAUCAUCUAGAUCUUUUGCUGAUCAUUCGUCAAAAGCCUGAAUUAUUAGCAAGUUUAUUGUUUCACAUUUUCUACCAGAACUAUAGACUUUGUUGGAGAAUAAGUACUAAUUCCAUAAAUAAACUGGUUGAAAUUUUAUCGAAAUAUGGAGAAAAAUAUCCUCUCUUUGCAAAAAUUCUCUCCAUUCUUGUAUCCGUAGAUGGCGUUAGCAUAGAUGAACAUAUAAUUCGGAAAAAUCAAAUACUGAUUAUGAAAUAUGUAAUGCAAUUUUUCCCCAUCGGUUUUCGUGCACUUGAAUUACAGGCACACGACAGAAGAAAAAUUCUCUUAAGAGAAGAAGGAGCCCAAAGUUUAGAGUAUCUUUUAAACUUGAUACAACUCUUGGCUUUUUGCGCCAAGGGUGACGAAAAGUACAUUAAGUCUUUCUGCGAGAAUGUCUUACCCUUGGAGGAGAUACUCACUAUUUUAAACAACUACGAUAUACAAAUUUCAAUAAAGAAACCCUUUAUUGAUUUUCUGACGUGGGUUUAUAUUGUACCCUCCGUAAACGAAAAGCAACUGUUCGAAACGGUUAUAGCUCAUAACAAGUAA